UAAUUCUCAUAUAUAUACACAAAUUCGUGUAUGUGUGAAAAAUCUUAUUUGCCAAAUACUUGUUAUAUUUGCUGAAUUGUGUAAAAAGGUUCCUAAAACAAGAGCACAGAUCGAGCUUAAAAGCACUUUAAAUACAUAUCUACAGACUGCAACCAAAACUCUCAAAGCAGCGUUCAAGAGAAGCUGACGGCAGAAUCUGCGACUGUGAGUCAUUUGUCUAGAUUUCACCAAAACAACCACUUGCUAAGCCCGCCGCACCCGGAAAUGGCCGCCGUUGAAAACAAUGAACCCCGAACGGAGUUGCAGGAGCUGCAGCUUAAGUCUGCUCAGGUUGCGGAUGAAUCCUUGGAGAGCACGCGCCGGAUGCUCAGCCUUAUGGACGAAAGCAAGGAAGCGGGAAUCCGCACGUUAGUGGCUCUGGACGACCAGGGCGAGCAGCUGGAUCGCAUCGAGGAAGGCAUGGACAGGAUCAACGCCGACAUGCGAGAGGCGGAGAAGAACCUCAGCGGUAUGGAAAAGUGCUGCGGAAUCUGUGUGCUGCCCUGGAAGAAGGUUAACAUUAAGGACGACAGCGACAGCGCUUGGAAGGCCAACGAUGAUGGCAAAAUAGUGGCCAGCCAGCCGCAACGGGUGAUCGAUGAGAGAGAGCGCGGCGGAAUGGGUGCUCCACCCCAGUCCGGCUAUGUGGCACGAAUCACAAAUGAUGCCCGCGAGGAUGAGAUGGACGAGAAUCUCGGGCAAGUUAAUUCUAUGCUUGGAAACCUACGGAAUAUGGCACUGGAUAUGGGCUCGGAGCUGGAAAACCAAAACAAGCAGGUCGACCGCAUCAAUGCCAAGGGCGACGCCAACAACAUUCGCAUGGAUGGUGUAAACAAGCGUGCUAACAAUCUGCUCAAGAGUUAAACAUGCACAAAGCGGUCUCAAAUCAAUAGUGAACACGGUAGUCAGGUCCCCAGUAAACCCAAUGACCUCGAACCAAUGUUGUGGGCACAAACCAGUAGCUAAUGCGUUAUUUAUACAAUAUAUUAUAUACAAAUACAUGUAGACCAAUGGACUCCUGGUAGGAGCAAACGUAACUGACCCAUCUACCAACAAGCACUUACCAGCUGCAAGAACUAAAAAAUUUCUACUAUAUAUUUUCCACGACAUAUACGUAUACAAUUCUAUAUGCGCGUGCAAAGGCGGAACAACAUAUAACUACUUACUAUAAACCUACUUACUCGUGUACAAAUGGCAACCUUGCUGUUGCCUAAAAACAUUUUUAUUAUGAGAUUUACCGUAUGAUGUACUCUGUUUUUGGUACAAACUUUUUGAGGCAUUUUACUGAACUUUGUCGAAUCAAACUUGUAACUACUGAGAUGAAUAUAUGUUUAUUAAUAUAUAUUAACAGUCCCCAAAACCACCGCUUCCCCUGGCACACAGAUAGUUAAAGAUUAAUAAUGGUGGUGUCGUCAUAUCGUAGCCAAUUUUAUGUUCUCCGUUGUUAUGCCCUUUUGUGCAAUUUUUGCCAUGCCAUUAAGACGGGAUUUUGGAAAUUCCAUACUCCACCACGGGUUUAAAAUAAUAUAUACAAAGUCAGUCCCGAACGUUCGGCAUCGUAUAUAGUUAAAUUGUGUCCCAGUUGAAGUUUCAGUAUAGUCAUAAGUGAAAAAAAUUGUUUGAAGUAAUCCAAUGUUUAAAGAUUUGAAAAGAACCUGUUUGUGCGCAAAAUAUUUCUCGUUAAUUAUUGUAUGUAUUACGAACGUGUAUAGCGUAUUAUUGAUUAGAUACUUAUUUAUCGCUACUAUUGCCACUUUAGCUUUUAUUAUAGCUCUUAAAUUGCAAUUUUUGAAAUAAAUGAAUUCACCACCAAA